UCUCUCUCUACCUCAAAAAAAAAAUAUUUACUUCUGUCUUUGAACCGAAGAGUCUUCUUCUUCAUCCUUCGUUCUUCGACUUCUUCGUCGUCUGUGUACAGAUAAUUUCAUUAUUGUAGAGAGCGAGAAACAGAAGAAACAAAGAGAGAGAGAGAGAGAGAGAGAGAGAGAGAUCAGAAGAAGAAACGAAAUCGCGAAGGGGGAAACACUUAUAGAAGAAAUUGAGAUUUUACCUAAAAGGAAACGUUUCAAAUGCGUGCAUAGAUAUCGAUACUCAAUACUCUGAGAGAUUUUUUUUUAAUAUUAAGGUUUCUGUAACUUGCGUAGCUCUCAGUUGUUCGUUCGCUGAGAGCUUUGAUAAUCAUCUUCUAGAUCUUUGGGGUGGAGGACAAAACAAGCUCGCGAAAGACGGGAGCUCUCGCCGCCUCUAGGAUCCGAUUCCGUUCAGCAAUGUUCGUGGUGAUGGUUUGCUUUUGAAUUGGCUAUUAGAGAAGCUGUGGUUUCGACUGGUUCUAGCUGCCAAGUGGAAUUUUAUCAGUGGGUUAAAGGAUAUUUGAGGUUGAGGUGUUGCAGUAUGCAAUAGAGGUUUUUAUGAGAUGAAGGCAAUUAAGGGGUGGCGUCUAGGCAGAAUAAAUUAUCUGCAGUCUUUGCCUGGGGCUCGCCACCGUGCUCCUACAAGGAAGCUAGUAUGGAUCAUCGCGGUGCUUUCACUGAUAGCAAUGUUUUUAAUUGGUGCGUUCAUGUUCCCUCGUCACAGAAGAGCGGCUUGUUAUAUGUUUUCGUCUAACGGGUGCAAGGGAUUGACUGAUUGGCUUCCACCGUCACUGAGGGAAUAUUCGGAUGACGAGAUUGCAGCUCGUGUAGUGAUUAGGGAAAUAUUGAGCUCCCCUCGUGUUAUAACAAAGCGGUCUAAAAUUGCUUUUAUGUUCUUAACUCCCGGUACAUUGCCUUUCGAAAAGCUAUGGGACCUCUUUUUUCAGGGUCAUGAAGGGAAAUUCUCUGUUUAUAUUCAUGCAUCAAAAGAUACUCCGGUUCACACCAGUCGCUACUUUCUUAACCGUGAGACACGAAGUGACGAGGUGGUCUGGGGUAGAAUAUCGAUGAUUGAUGCUGAGAGACGUUUGCUGACUACUGCUCUUAGAGAUUCUGAGAAUCAGCAAUUUGUUUUACUCUCUGAUAGUUGUGUGCCACUACGAAGUUUUGAAUAUAUGUACAACUAUAUGAUGUACAGCAAUGUCAGCUACGUUGACUGCUUUGACGACCCUGGUCCACAUGGAAAAGGUAGGCAUAUGGAUCACAUGUUGCCGGAAAUUCCGAAGGAAGAUUUUCGAAAGGGUGCACAGUGGUUUUCCAUGAAGCGUCAGCAUGCUGUAAUAACUAUGGCAGACAGUCUUUACUACUCUAAAUUCCGGGAUUUCUGUGGGCCAGGUGUAGAGAGCAACAAGAACUGCAUCGCAGAUGAACACUAUCUGCCAACAUUCUUCCAUAUGCUUGAUCCUACUGGCAUUGCUAACUGGACAGUGACAUAUGUUGAUUGGUCUGAGAAAAAGUGGCAUCCAAGAAAAUACAUGCCUGAAGAUAUCACACUCGAGUUAAUUAAGAACAUCACGUCCAUUGACGCAGUGGCACGCGUUACAAGUGAAGGAACGGGAAUAGCAUCAUGGACGCAUUGCAUGUGGAAUGGGAUCAAAAGACCUUGCUAUCUCUUUGGAAGAAAGUUUCACGCUGAUACUCUCGAUAAGUUGAUCGACCUCUUCCCAAACUACACAAGCAUAGCAUAGGGAGCCACGAACAAUUUUGAUUGAUUGAUGAAAUCCAAUGCAAAGGAGGUAUUCUUUUGACUCGGAUUCUUUGACCAACGUUCAGUUUACACACAUGAAUCAAAUUAAAACUUGAAACAUGGAACCCCUAGAAGCUGUUACUCGCUUCGAAGUCCUAAAGAGCUGAGAAAAUCGUGUGAUCUGGAGAAGCUUAGAAAGUGUUUGGGGUUUCUUUUUCAUUUGGUUGGGGACGUUGGGACAUUUUUAACUCAUCUGUUUUCAGUACAUCUCAUAGUUUGCUAUAGAAUUUUCAGAGUGCGUUUUGUGUUUCUCCUCUUUUGUUGAAAAUGAAAUGAAAAAACAAGGCAUGAGGUUUAUACAGUUUUAAGCUGGGCAUUUGACA